AUGUAUCUGCCCACGUAUCUGUCAGUAUUCAUUUCAUGGAUUGCCUUCUGGAUCGACACCCGAGCAUUACCGGCUCGAAUCACCCUUGGAGUCUCAUCACUGAUGGCAUUGACCUUCCAGUUUGGAAACAUUGUUAAAAAUCUACCCCGUGUCUCUUUUGUGAAGGCUAUUGAUUUAUGGUUCUUUGUCUGUGUGGCCUUCAUAUUCUUCUCCUUAGUGGAAUUGGCAGUGGUAGGAUUCGUUGACAAGAUGGCAGAAAUCAAACGGCGAUCUAAAAGGCUUCGAUAUCAGCGGUCACAAAAUCUCAAUCAGAAGGCAAAAAUCAAGUGGAUCAAUGAAAGUGGUGGUGAAAGCUGCUAUGUGAACGGCAUGCCGGACUAUCAAAACGGCUACCCCUCGUACACGGAUAUUGAUAUGGGCGCCCGAGUGGAUGCCAUUGCUGCCAAAGCGUUUCCGGCUAUGUUUGCUGCUUUCAAUGUGUUCUACUGGUGGUACUACUUGAGCAGGG